AUGGCACUCUGGCGUGAGACGAGCAGAGCGGCGCGUCAGUGCGAGACGGAGGACGAGGAUCGCAGGGCUCUGCGCUCCUCUCGUGGUAUCUCGACUGGUGAAGAAGGCGCCGUCAAAGCUCGUUUUUCCUCACUCUCAAACGUGCACAAUCAGGUGGGCUUUUCUCCUCAACGCGACAAGCGAAACAUGCGUUUGAAAGGGAAUUGCCGCGCAGGCCGCGCUCGAAACAAGGCGGGAGGCAGGAUGCGAGAUGCCAAGGAAGAGAUGUGCAGGGACGACGCAGGCGCGCCCCGAAGAGGGCGAAGCUUGCGGAGAGUGUUACCUGUCUGUUACUCAUCUGCCUCAUCAUCUGGUGGCGCGUGCUAUGCUGCGUCACUCCGCGGAGUUGGUGCGCAACGAAGGUCGUUUUCUGUGGAACGUGUUCUACUGAACCAGCGGCGGGAGGAACUCGAAAGGCUCGCGGUUGAGAGGCCAGGAGGAGACCUUCUGUCCAUGCCGGAGCUCUCGCAUGAUGCGAGCAGAGGGCGGCGGAGUUCUUUUCCAGCAUCUUUCUCCUUUUUUGAAGUCGAGACAGCUGCGGCGAUCGCGUCGGGCGCGGGCUUGAAUGAGGCGCUUGGAAAAGAGGCGCGGCGUUCGCGCGCUCCGUGCAAGGCAAGACAUGUCUGUUCGCGGUUUCGGUUGGCGUCUCCGAGUUCGUUUUUAGCCUGUCGCCCGCAUGGAGGUAGCGAGGGCGCAGGUUUGACGUCGCAGCUUGUCUGCGCAACUGACGCGCGCAAGGUGAAGUCUUCUCUCUCGAAAUUUUUGUUUCUUCCUGACGUCGCGGGCGUUGAGACAAGUUCGGCAUUUGAAAAGUGUGUGGGCGAGCGAUGGCGCGCCCGAGGCGCCCGGAAGAGCGCUAGCAGUUCGCGUUUUUUCUUGUGUCUUGCGGCAGCCGCGGUCGUCUGCGUCGUUUUGUCGCUGCUGCUUCUGCGCCAUAGGCCAAGCAACCCGCUUCUUCUUCUUACCCGAGCUGCGCCGUUCCACGAAAUCUCGACGCACUGGGUGACGCGGUUUUUCCUUUCGUCGUUCUCUUCCCUACUCGUUCUGCUCGGCGUCUCUUCGCCACCCUCCAUCCUCUCCGGACUCCGUCUGCCGGCGUCGAAGGCGGCGGGACGGGGUCUGACGCGUGUGGGCUCUGCGGCAGGUGCUUCGCCCGAGUGGUCGUCGUCGCCUCUCACGGUCUCCUCGCUCGGUUUGGAAGCGACCGAGGAGGGAGAAGAGGGUCUUGCGUCGCUCUUCGCGGACGACGCGGAAGAAGCCGCGUUCAUCGAGGGCUUGACGGCGGAGGAGCUGCGCGAGUUUCUCCGGGCGGAGGGUUGGUCGGAGGUGCCGAACGUCCGCGAGCGCGUGUUGGUGCUACCGGACGCGCUGCCGCCGCUGCCGCGGGCGGGCGGCGGGCUCUUCCUGCGGCGGCACCACCACGACUUCGACGGGCCGCCGUCCCCCGCGCGCCCGGCGGUGGCGGCCUCGGCUGUGGAGGCGGGGCGGAAGCUGCUGACGGCGCCAGUCUACGAGGAAGCGAAGGCGGUCUUGGCGCAGGCGGUGCGGGAGGGACACUUGACGCGGGCCGUCCGCAUGCACGGGCACUUUCUGUAUCCGUGGCCCAUGUUCUCGGCGGUCGAGCGCGAGAUCCUGCGGCUGACAGCAGACCAAGUCCGCUGGUUUCCCAAGUGGAUCAAAAACCACCGGCACGCGCAGCGCAUCGAGCAGAGCGUGCUCGACGCCUUCCUUCCCGUCGUCGCGCCGCAGUUCACCGACAAGUACGGCGGACCAGGGCCGGCGCGGAGCAGCUCGGCGUCGGGCGGCCUUGCGGGCGAGCAGAGCCCGGGGAUUCGGUUCACCUGGCUGGGACACGCCACGGCGCUGGUCAACGUGGACGGCUUGAACAUUUUGAUCGACCCGAUGUUUGACGCCGACCUGAUUGGGCCCUACAGCGAGUGGCUGCGGAGCGUGAUGAAGUACAUCUCGGCGCUCUGCGGCUCGCUCGGCGAGCGCCACCGUGUGCCGCCCUGCACCUACGGCAGUCUCCCAGAAGUCGACGUCGUCUUGCUCAGUCACAACCACCCCGACCACAUCAUGGAGCACGAUGUGCAUGCGAUCUGCACUGAGCACGCGAAGAAGUUCGCUCGAACCGUCUGGUACGUCCCUGAAGGCGUCACGGCGUUCCUCCGCCAGCAGGGCUGCGCGUCCGCGUCGAUUUUCGAAUUCACCUGGGGCGAGACGCGCACUAUCUCCUGCCACUGGCGACGCGGCCGCCGCGUGUGCAGCGACGGCAUGUGGAGCAAGCGCCACGUGCGGUCUGAGACGUAUAAGAUCACCUUCACGGCUGGCGUCCACUGGGCGGGGCGCUCGCCCUCCAAAGUGGACCACAACACCUCGCUCUGGGGCGGCUUCGCGGUCGCGGGCCCCACGCACAAGUUCUACUACGGUGGCGACACGGCCUAUUGGCGCAAGGACUUUGACGAGUACAAGAAGAUCGGGGAGAUCCUCGGGCCGUUCCACCUCGCGGCGCUGCCAAUUGGCGCCUACGAGCCGAACGAAGACCUGCGGUACCAACACGUGAAGCCGUCGGAAUCGCUGCAGAUGUUUCGAGACGUGCGCGCCGAGGUCGCCGUCGGCGUCCACUGGGGUACGCUCAGGCUCUCCGCGGAGGAGUUCUUCGACCCGAUGCUCGACCUCGAGUGUGCGUUGCUCGGCGUCAGCGAGGCGGACUGCCGACGCAGCGCCGAACUCCGCCACCGAUACGUCGCCGCGCACGCGCUGCUCACACAGCUGCCGAAGGACCUGCGGGCGAAGCACCUCGUCCUCGGCGGGAACAGCGACAAACGACCCGCCGAGCAGGCGGCUGGCGCCGAGGAAGACUUCUCGCUGGACGAUGCUGUGUUUGCGCUCGUCGACGAGGACCGGCGCGACGGCAAAGCGGCGGGCGAGGAGUGGAUGAAUCAGGACAACACACUCCGCGUGCGAAAUGCCCUCGAACGCGGGCUGGAGAGCACGCUGCUGUCGUCGAGGAGCGGUUCGGCGUCGGUCGAGUUGUACGGGACGCCGUGGCGUUCGCCGACGAUCUCGGCGAGGUCGGUGUCAGCGGCUAAGAAGGACACGGUAAGAGGCGGCACCGCGCGCGUCUCGUCAGCCCUGGAGGGCGGCGCUGCGAAGGGCGACAGUAAAAAGCGUGGCGGCGAGCGGGUGGAAGAUGCGUCCCAUUUGCACGACGACGACGAGUUCUUUGACCAGGAGAAUCCGUGGUUCGCCGUCGUCACGAGCCCCGGUGACGCCGCGGAGCUGUCUGUGUCGUCCAGCGAGCCCGCAGGGUCGCUGACCUCGCUGCCGCCGGGCGCCGAGAGGGGAGAGGAGGCGGAGGAGGGCGAGUGGAGGAGCAAGACGUCUCAGAUCAGCGAGGGGAGGCGCGGCGACAAAAGAGGCGAACCGGGCGCCGAGAGCAAAAGGAGCUCUGCGCGCGUGGAGCCGCUCCAGGCUGUCGCGCGCCUUGGGAUGUUGCCUUCCGUGCCUGAGCAGGCGCGGAUGCUCGCUGCGCUUCUGACCAAACUUGAAAGGAUGAUGGCUCCCCUGAGCCACCCGCACCGCCAUGCGUCCAACAUCCAGCGGCUCCUCAGGUCGAUGAAGCUCCAGGACGCCGGGAUCCUGCCAGACAACGAUGAGUGGAAGAUGAACCUCCUCACCGAAGCCGCGCGCUUUCAGACGCUGUUCGUCGGGCAGUCGAUGCAGGUGGAGGCCAUUGACGGAGGUCACAUACGCAUGACGCGCAGCAGCGGCCUGCAGCACGUCUGGCCAGAGGCCCCUGAGGAGCUCUACGCGUUUCCGUCGCGGUUUUUCGCGAGCGACGGUCGCAGCAAGCGCGCACAUCGCCUCCCGGAAGAAGCUGACGACGGGGUGACCGGUCCUGCGUGGCGCGGGCCGCGGAGAGACCGCAGCGCCUCGGGAUCCGGCUUCGAUGACGUCGGCUUGCUCAUUUAG